CAAUGAUAAAACUUAAUACGGACUGUCUUAACCUUAUUUUUGAUGAACUACAAAAAGAUAAAAAUUCCUUAUAUUCUUGUUUAUUGGUUAAUAAAGAAUGGUGUAAUAUUGUAGUUCCAAUUUUAUGGAAAGAAGUUUCAUGGUAUGUAGAUGAUAAAUCAGAAAAGAAACUUUUUAAUACAAUAUUAUCUUGUUUAUCAUUAACAUCAAAAAAAUUAUUAAAUGAUAAUAAUAUAAAAUUACCUAUAAUAAAAAAACCACCAAUAUUUAAUUAUAUAAGUUUUUGUGAAUUUCCAGAAGCAGAAAUAGUAGAUAAUAUAAUUGAAAUGGUAUUUGAAGAAUUGAAUGAUAAUGAUGAAAAUGAUGAAGAUAAAAGAAAUCUUUUAGAACAAGAAAUUUAUAAAUUAUUUGUUAGUCAAUGUGAAAAGAUUAAAGAAUUAAGUUGGGAAACAUCACAACCUUUACCAUUAUUUCCAGGAGCAUUAAAAUGUUUUUCAAAAUUAAAGAGUUUAGAUAUUGAUAUGGAAUAUAUAGAUUCUAAAUCACUUUAUGAGAUGUCAAAAAUUUCAAAAAAUUUAUAUGAAUUAUUUAUUGAAAAUUUUUCAAAUGAUUCAGGAUUAAUUUCUUUAAUUGAUGCUCAAAAGAAUUUAAAAAGUAUAUCAUUUUAUUCUUAUAAAAAUAAGGAAGGAAAUUGUAAAGAAUUAAGUAAAGCAAUAGCAAGAAAGAGUAAUACAAUAAAUUUUAUUAGUUUAACAUCAAUUAGUACCAUUACACCAACAUUCUUAACAUCACUUAAUAAUUUAAAAUUUAUAUCAAUUUAUAAUAGAGAAAAAUAUGAUGAAACAAGAGAAGAGAUUAAAGAAUUUCAAAAAUAUCUUUCAAUUUCAGAAUUUCCAAAUCUUCGAUAUCUUUUAAUUAAUAGAUUAUCAUGUUUUAAAGAAAUUUCAAUGUUAAUUGAAAAAACCAAAGGAAAUAUUAUAAAUGUUGAAAUUUCAGAUUCUGAUAAAACAUCAAAAAAUACAGGAAUUUUAAUUAAAUCAAUUUCUAAUAAUUGUCCAAGGAUUAAAAUAUUAUCAACAUAUCUUGAAUCAAUAGAUUUUAUUCAUGUAAAAUUAUUAUUAUUAAAUUGUAGAGAUUUAGAAUCUUUAAGAUUUUAUAGUUUAAAUAUAAAUAAUGAAAAUGAUAAUAUAGGAGAUGAAUUAUUAGAUAUUUUAACUAAAUAUUCACCAAAUUCUUUAACUCGAAUAAGAAUUAGUGGUAGUUGGAAAUAUUCUAUUAAUAUUUUUGAACAAUUUUUUGAUAGUUGUAGAGAAAGAAUUUUAUCAUAUUUUGCAAUUAUACCUGAUAAUAUUAUAAAUUAUAUUAAAGAUGAUCAUAAAUCAAUUAUUAGGAAAUAUAUUAGAGAAGGUGUAAUAAAAAGUUCAAAUUAUGAUUUUUAUUAAAAUUUC